CCCACGACUGCUGACGGACUCUGUUGUAUUAGCUUGUUAGCGAGUUGUACACUGUCCAGCAUUUUCUCUAUAAUUUUGGAGCAAUAGAAAUGUAAAUGGAUACGUAAAUGACUUCAGUAUCUGCGAUUUCUUAUUCAAAACAAAACCUGCUGUACAGGCUUCUGGUCAUCACUUUAGAAAACCAUGUUUUCUUUAUAAUGGUUUCUAUAGCAUUCAGUAAGUUGCAAACUAAUUUGAUAAAUGUUCUCUUUUUUGUUAGCCAUGGAAUCAGGGCCAAUUGAAGUAGCAGCCCUAGGAAGACCUCUGUAUCCUGGAAUGCUUUAUGACUGCCGCAUGGAUUCCUUCAUUCCAGGUGUUACUCUGUGGAAUAAGAAAUCCUUGAGCGAAGAUUUGGACACACGUCCGCAGCUCCUGACAGAUUUGAAGUUCAGUAGCUCUGAUUCUCUCUCUAGUAAGUCUGGUCUCCUGGAUGUAAGUGCUUCCCUGAAAGCCAGCUUCAUGGGGGGGCUGGUGGAGGUGGGAGGAUCUGCCAAGUAUCUGCAUGACACCAAAUCCUCAAACCAGCAGUCCAGAGUAACAAUGUAUUACAAAGAAACCUCCAGUUUUGAACAGCUCACUAUGACCCAGCUGGGCCAGAUCACCUACCCUCAGGUAUUUGACCAGAAAACAGCAACUCAUGUGGUCACGGCUGUGCUGUACGGAGCUCAGGCCUUCAUGGUGUUUGAUCGGACAUUUUCCAAAGACCAAAACAAGCAGGAGAUUGAGGGAGAACUGAAUGUCAUGGUCAAGAAGAUCCCUGCAUUUUCAAUUGAAGGAAAAGGAGAUGUACAAAUGACAGAGGGUGAAAAGAAAAGGGCUAACAAUAUUAGCUGUACAUUUCAUGGUGACUUCCAUCUUGAGCAGAACCCCACCACAUACAUGGAGGCCCUGAAUUUGUUCGAGCAGCUCCCCACUCUGCUAAAGAAGAAUAAACAGAAUGGGGUUCCCAUAAAAGUCUGGCUGUAUCCUCUUCAUUUAUUGGAUAACAAAGCAGCUCAGUUGAAGAGAGAAAUCUGCACAAGUUUGGUUUCCAUCACUGAAGAUAUAAUUGAGGGCCUGGGAGAAGCAGAGAGGACAUGCAAAGACCUGUCCAGAAGUGCAAUGGAAAAUUCUUUCAGUGAUAUCAAAGAGAGGCUGCUCUCAUUUCAGGCCUCAUUUAGCACUUACAAGAUCAUGUUCAUGAAAGCAGUGGCAAAGGUCUUGCCUGGCAUUCGAGAAGGACAGAUGGAGGAGAAAUCACUGAAAGACAUCUUGGAAAUCCACAGAAGCUCCCCUUUUAAUGAAGGCAUGCUUAACCAGUGGUUAGAUGAUGCAAAGUCUGAACUUCACCUCUUGAGUUUUCAAACCAACAAGCUGAAGGGGAUCACAAUUAAAGACUCGGAUGGUCUCAACGCCAUCCUCCUUGAUCCUGAUAUUGAUGAUGUGGUGUGCUUGACUUUCACAUCUCUGAAGUAUGAAGACCCGUAUCUUUUAACACUUAAGGAAUACCUGAAUUCUGACAAGUUUCAAGAGCAAGAUGGGCAGGGGGAAAUGUUUUCUAUGGCACCUUUCAAAAAAUGGUUCAAUGAUUCUGAUAUCAUAGUAAAGAUGAGAGAGAACGUAUGUCAUUUCAGGCAUUUGUCAGAGAGCAAUACAGAUGCAAAGAGAAUCUGCUUCGUUAUUUCUGCCAUUUCUGAUCCCUCCAGUCAAGGCUCCUCCAUCUAUCUUUAUGAAAAAGGGAAACUGACAUGCAAACAGGUAAAUUUCAUGUCACUGCCACCACCGAUAGUGAAGGUUGUCUUGGACAAAUCCGUGUCCCUGAAACUGUGGAAGUCCCCAGAUGAAGAAAAAGUGCAGUACAGAGUGGAGUACAAGCAGGUAAAAGCAGGUUCUGGAGCUGAGGAACAGUGGCUUGUCAAAAACACAGCUUAUGAAGACUACACUCUGACUGGAUUGGAGCCUGGAAAGCAGUACUGGAUCCGCUACAAGACAGUGCACAGAAAGGGAAUGAGUCGAGCCAGUGAUACUGUCAACAUUUUAUCUUCUUCAGUUCCUUUCUCAGAACAACCUGUGAUUGUGGGUGGGACAGGAGGAAAUGAAUUCUUCUUUAAUACUCCUUCCAGCAGCACUUUUGAGAGGAUCAUCUUUACUUUAAAUCAAGAAACACUGAGAACAAUCCAGGUGACCUUCAAAGGCGGCCACAAGAUUGAAGUUGGCGCUCUAAAAGGAACUUCCCAGCAUGAAUUUCUAUUUGACCACAAUGAUAAAAUUGUUGCUGCAACACUGUGGCCAAAUAAGAAUCAGAACAGAUGUGGAGGUUUGGAAUUUGUGGUUGCCAAAAGCAAUGGUAAGAGAACAACAUUAUCUGUCAAGUGUCCACAGCUGGGUAUGCCUGUCAAGGUUGAUGUGAAGUCUGGAAAGUGUUACGGCAUUGCGGGGAGGAGCGGAGAUGAAAUUGAUGCUCUGGGCUUCUACUUCAUUUAGCCUCCAUCUCUAUAUAUAUAUAUAUAUAUAUAUAUAUA